AUGCCAGCAUACAACAAAGCAGUCCCCGCCGACUCAAAGAAGACCGACAACUUCCUAAACACAAUUGACCGCGAGUCUCCACCAGCAGUGGCUGAUCAGGGCAACUCCUCAAGAGCUGGGAAGAGGAAGACAAAGAAUGCUGCCCCCAAACAGCUUCUCAAUCUCGACAAUGCCGACGACACUACAACUCCAGAGCAGAUGGAUCAACAGCCAUCGGCGUCAACUACAAAACCUCCUUCCAUACUCGGGCAACUGAACCAAGGGUUUCCCCAGAACAUAGUGAGCGGUAACCUGGAUGCCUUGGAUGAUCUGAACAGUGGUCGGAAGGUCUCGGACGAGCAUACACCGCCGAUUAAUAUCUGGGCACGGAGUACGAGUUAUGGGCAGAGUCCAUCGGCCGAGCCCCUUCGAGGGUUGAGUGCAGCAACUUCGCCUCCCUACGAACCAGGCUUCAGUACCAGAGGAGCUUUCAACGCGAGGAGCCCCCCGGUCUCUCCUCCGUCUAGGAAAGCCAGGCCGGUGAGCUAUGGUAGUGGCAUGCCUCCACUGCCCGUUCAUCCAAGAGUCUCAACGUCUCCAUAUGGCUAUGGGAUAAGCGCCUAUGGAACACCUCCAGCAUUGCCUCACCUUCCACAACAACAUUUUUUUGGUCCCCACGACCUUGAUCUGGGACUGGCCAAUGCUACAGCGCCCAUGAAUCUUUCGCACCCACUUGCUCUCAAGUUUGUCCAGAUUCCUGGAGCUGGCCAUGAGCCACGUGGGGCAGUCUUUCUCAUUUGGGAUGGUGCCUUGAACAUCCUCAGCUUUAAUGGAGAGAAAGUGGAAUCUAUAGGAGCCUUAAGAGGUGUACAAGGUACUAUCCUCGACGCUGCUUUCUUGACAUGGGGCGCAGACGAGGAUCCCUUGGCGGAUUAUCGCCCGUUGGUGGUGCUCACGAUCCAUGGCCCAGCAGGCAGUGAAGCUAGUUCUCCCAUGCCUGGCGACCUGCAUCCACAAGAAUAUCACGAAGCGAUCAUUGAGACAAAGGUGGUGGUGUACUCAUUGCGGAAAGCCUGCCAAAUUGCCGAGUUGUUGCGGGUAUCAUCUACCUUGUCAACCUUCCCAGGAGGCAUCCCAGCUACCAGCCCGGUGGCAGACUUGAGGGUGCAAUCGAGCGGCAACUUUGUAGUCGUCUCCUCCGGCGACAGCGGCGAAGUAUUCAUUUUCUCCAUCCGGAAGGGUAAGGAUGCAGCCAUAUUUGAAUGCUUGGGCAAGUAUUGGACCACGAUACAACCGCAGCUGCCGAGGAGAGACUCGUCUCAUGGACCAUCCUCUGACGCCGAUGUUUCACCUGCCGAUCUCGGGCGCGCCCAUGAUAAUGAGAAUGCUCCCAUUCUUAGCUUGAAUGGUCGUUGGCUGGCCUUCUCUCCUGCAAGUACUCCUUCGCGACGAUCGGUCGGAGCUAUUCUGGGUGACUCCGUCGUUCAUCAUAAGAAUUCGACCAUCACUGCAGGAACGGCUCCUGCGAGGCCCCUCGUCAGCUGUGAGGUGGAGUCUCCUGAUGUAGACUCCUUUCUCGGCAAAGUUGCCAAAGGAUUUGCGCAAGAAGCUGUGAAAAGCGCAAGAUGGAUCAGCGAGAAGGGCUUGCAGACAUGGCAGAGCUAUUGGAAGAAAGACCCAACCAGCUCGCCAGCGUUGCCUGCUACGACUUCCUCCAGUCCUCCGAUUUACCCCCCUCAUCACCUUGGCCUCGCACAAUUUCCACCGACGCACGGGCUUGAUCAACAAGAUCCUUCGAAAGACCCCGAGGUAAUCACAAUCCUUGACUUGAAAUUUCUCCAAGAGGCCCAAGGAAGAAAAGGCGUGGAAGCCGACCCUAUAGCUACUUUUCAACCGCCAGGAGGCUGUAGCUUCCUUUCGUUCAUGCCCACUGGUCUGGGGCUUUUGACGGCAAACCGCAAGGGCGAUGUUCAAUACAUUUGGGACUUGAUGCAGAUCAAGCAUGUGAGGACUUCAGCCACUUCAACAGUCGCAGAAAACGGGCGCGUUCGACAAAUCGCAAAAUAUGAACGGAUGAGUCCUUCCACCAUUGUUGACGUGGCGUGGGACGGACCGACUGGAUACCGAUUUGCCCUUGUCACGAAGAACCGCACGGUGCACAUAUUUGAUCUACCAAAAGCGGCGUUUCAAUGGCCACCGCCGCGCCCCAAAACGCACCGGCCCACGUCCGCUCCAGCCGAGCAGCCUCACAUGAAGACAGAGCACGAAUCUGCCUCUCCAGGGGGCUUUUUAGCUUCAGCCAUGAGCAUUGCCGGACGAACUCAGCCCAUGUUUGCGAAUCUACGUGGAAGAGCGCCUAGUAUGAAUGGUGGAAUCACCAGUAUUGGGGCUUCAGGGAUCGGGCUUGCUUCUGCCACUGGCAUCAAGAGCGGUAGAGCAGUGGCCGCGGGACUUAGUAAGUCCCUCGGAGCUGCCACUGAGACCGUCACCAACCUUCGGCAUGCAAAUCAGAGCAGGCUUUCUUUGAAGACUAUUGCCCGUGUAGGCAUGCUCUGUUGGCAAGAACGAGACGGGAAGUCAGUCUUGUCGAUUCUUGACUCGACCAGUAUCAAGAAUUACUAUAUCCGCAUGACCAAACCCAGGGAGAAUCGUCAGAGAGACACAGUGUCGGUAUUCAAUGCACGCAAAGCUGUUACUUGCAGGCUCCCCAAGGCUGUGGAUCUGAACCCGACCGGGCCUCCGCCCCAAGGCGAGGGAAAUGGCCUAACGAGUUUCUGGAGGUUUCGCCCUGGCCGGGAUGGGGCCACGAAAAUGCCACAUCCACUGGCUUUCGCAGAAAUCGAAACAAAUGCUGCCUAUCAACCAUUCCAUUCUGACCGUAGGGUCACAAUUUCUCUGACUGCUGGGGAUGUCUGGGCCGCCGAAGAUCAUUUCCCAGGUCCGUCUCACUUUUUCCCACAGCGCACUUCGGUCCCAGUCAGGAGUGCAAAUGCAGCUUCUGAAGACAAUUGGGUGUUUGGCACCGAAAUCCGAUCCCAGCGACUGAACAUUGUCGGCUCUUCUCAACAGGUUGGUGAUGAGGGGUCUGUGAUCUAUCGGGAGACGAGGAUGACUCCCGGGGCCCCGAGCUUAGCUCCCAUAUCUGCAGAAGUUCUAGAUGACGGUGUCAGCCAUGUUGUCAGCAAUACCAAGAAGCGGAAGAGUAAGAAAGGUCGGGUGGUGCCGCAGGUAUUCGACGACGAGGAUGUCGGUGGGAUUGGUCUGGAUUGUGCAAAGCCUGGGGACACCGUUGAUCCAGACUUUGACCUGUUGGACGACGAUGGCCGAACUUGA